UUGAGCCCGAAUCUGUAGCUGCUGUUUAUAGUUUUUAUUUUCAUUUAGAAAUACAUAACUUAAGGAGCCAGUUUUUAAACGCUGAUCACUCUAAGAGCGCAGCAAACAACAACAAAACGCUUGUGGCUUUGGGUCUGCACUACUUUCUUUUCUUUUUCGUUUCCACCUGCAACACUUCCCCCACUCCCGCUUCCCUCACUUUAUUUGGCUCUGAAGAAACCCCAAAAAUGUCGGAUCUCUUUACCACUUUUGGCAGUAACGGCGACACUGAGCACUACCAGAACCAACACUACCACAACACCACCUCCGGCGGCGGGCAUCACGACCUUCCCAUGGCCUCGCCCUCCCAGCACAGUCCGAUGACGAACAACAGCAACUCAUCCUCUCAGAACGGCGGCCCGGUGGCUGCAGGUUCGCUCUCCGGUGGUGGGAAGUCAUCCAAUCAUAAUACAACCUCGGGCGGUUCGGAAAACACACCUAUGCUUACCAAGCCACGUCUUACUGAACUUGUCCGGGAAGUGGACACCACCACGCAGUUGGACGAAGAUGUGGAAGAGUUGCUGCUUCAGAUCAUUGACGACUUUGUGGAAGACACUGUCAAGUCAACCAGCGCCUUUGCGAAGCACAGAAAGUCUAACAAGAUUGAGGUGCGCGACGUGCAACUUCACUUUGAGCGGAAGUACAACAUGUGGAUCCCCGGAUUCGGCACGGACGAACUGCGUCCUUAUAAGCGGGCUGCCGUCACGGAAGCCCACAAACAGCGCCUGGCUCUCAUCCGGAAAACGAUCAAAAAGUACUAAAGAAUCCCCCAGGCACCAGGUUCGCGAAUCUACGUUUUAUGUUGGAGGCCGUUUUUACCACAAACUAAUUUAAGCAGCAGACUGUAGACUAAAGAACAAAUUUAAACAGUUCUAUCGUAGUUCUAAAGAAACAAUUGUACAUCCUUGAUUUUACAUUCAACAACUGGAAGCUGUCACCAGAACAUGCUAUACCGUGAUCGCUAAUAAAUCAUUAUCACAAUUUGUAAUCACA